CCUCAAACACACAACGUCGCAAUGAAGCUAAAGCGGGCGAAGGCGUACAAGAAGCUCCUCCACCAAUACGAGCUCAACUUCGGCUUCCGCGAACCCUACCAAGUCCUCGUUGACUGGCAAAUCCUCCAAGAUGCCUACAACUUCAAAAUCGACCUCAUCGCGCGCCUCGAAAAGAUCCUAGGCGGCCAAGUAAAGCCCAUGAUUACGACGUGCGACAUGCGGCACCUCUACGCCGCGAAGCCCAAGAACGAAACUCUCAUAUUACAGGCCAAGGAGUACGAACGGCGGCGGUGUAACCACCAGGAUCUUGACGAGCCGCUGUCGACGCUGGAGUGUCUAUCGAGCGUCGUGGACCCCAAGGACAGUAAAACAAACAAGCAUAGAUAUGUGGUUGCUUCGAAUGAUAUCAGCGUGCGCGCGCAUAUGCGAAGCGUAGCUGGCGUACCACUCAUCUACAUAACGAAGUCAGUGGUGCUCAUGGAGCCCAUGGCCAACGCAUCCGAGGAGCAGCGCGAGAGGGAGGAAAAGUCAAAGUUCAAGCAGGGAUUAAAGGGUCAGCGGAAACCUGAUGCGGGACCGAAGCGGAAACGGAACGAUGAAGAGGAGGGUCAGUCUAUUGCGGGUGGCGCUACGGGAGAUGCAAGACCUUCGAAGCAGAAGCGAGAAAAGGGCCCUAAGGGUCCUAAUCCGCUGAGUGUGAGGAAGUCGACAAAAGAGAAGAGCGCGCCAGAAGCCAGUGCUUCUAAGAAGGCGAACGAUGCGCAGCCAUCCACAGCUGACGCAACCAACACUCACGAUGCUGAGGCUUCAGGGGCCCGCAAGAGGAAGCGCAAGCACAAGCCAAAGGGUGACGACACCAGUGCUGCUAUAGAAGAUGACGGAGAAGUCACCGCGCCAUGAUCGUGCAAUUACUCGCCAUUUGCCUAUAGCAUCCCACUGCUACGGGUGACAUUACCAGGCCUAUGACAUUCGGUCUAAGACGGUCGUCAGUUUUGGAGGCUUAAUUCAGCUAUCAGAAGAAAGGAGGGCGAGGCGUACCAUGAUACCCAAAUUAGCAUGUGUGAGGAGGCAGAAAUUGUAGCUCAGGUG